AUGCAGUCAUCUCGAAGAACUCCAGUUACAACUUCAAAAAUAUUCCAGAAGGCUUUGGGGAAGGGAGAAGGAGUAACCGAGCUCACUGAAUUGGACAAUGAGGAGUUGGAGAUAAAGAGCAUCCUAGAAUGUCUUGAGAACAAUGAUUUGCUGUCUGUGGAGCACCAGCUCCACAUCUUGAGAAACCUAGAAAGAAAAAUCAGUGUUGUCAAUCACCUGAACAGUGACCUGGCUCAGCGUCUGCUUGACAUCACCUCCAUUAAUCUAAUCAAGAAUACGGAACUGAAGAAGGAAUUUGAGGAGGCUGCCAUUGCAAUCCUAGUGGCCAUUGGGAAGCACUGCCCAGGAGAUGUCGUGGCCACGCUACAGGAAAGAUUCCAGCCAAAAGUUCUGCCCCACCACAGUGUCCUCUGUGCGAUGGAGAAGCUCUGUCAACUCAGUGUAAUGGCACCCUAUAUAGGUGCAAUGUGGGACUGUGUCCUGCCAGCCCUGCCCCUGGUCCAGUCAGAAGAAUAUAUGCUGAUAUUUAGUGAUGUACUAAGAGAACUCUCCAGGUGUGCAUCAAGGUACCUGGCACAGCAACCACAGGGAGCUGAGGAGCUGGACAUUACCAGAGAAACUGCAGCUGCCAAAGCCUAUGUGACUUUCUUGGUGCUCUUCAACAAAUGGUUCCCAACUGCAAAGGGAAAGGUGAUGGAAGCCACACUGGAUGUAAUUGGCCAGCUGUUUUUCAUCAUGUCUAUUCAAACAUUGAAAAAUCAUCUUCAGUGUUUGAUCACAGAACUCCUGCAUCAGUAUGAGACCGGGAUACAACAUUUUUAUGUCACAGAGUGCUUGUGCCAUCUUCUGGAUGCUGUACUGUGCCACAGGAAAUGGAGCAAGAGGUUGUACCAUAGUCUGGACAAUAUUUUCAGUACUCUAUUCACACAGGUUUGUGCUAAGUCUGAAAUAUCUGAUAUGCCAAGUAACUGGAACCAAACCUCUGCAUUGCGAGCCUUCCAGGUGCUGGGUCCUAUUUAUCAGGAGGAUAUUAUAGCUUUCCUCAGAAAGCCGAUGGAGGGCGCAGAAGAGGUGGAGUGCACUGCAGCUCUCACAGUCUUGAGAGAAGUUACCCAGGAGCCUCCCCAUAUGGACAAAGUAAAAGACAUCAUGGUGCAAUCUGUGGCUCUCCUCAUACAUGAAAACAACUAUCAGGUGAAAAGUCCUCUCUUGCAGCUGAUUAGAAGUUUUGCAUGCUGUGGGUAUCUCACCUUGCCAGGAGGCAGUGUACUUGUGAAUUUUCUCAUUCGGCAGUGUGAACUCCCUGUCUGCACCAUGAAGUCUGAAGGUGACUGGGAUGAAGAGGCAGUCCAGGUGUAUAGUAUCAACACCCUAAACCUGGUGCCCUGGAAAAUGCUAUUGCAGUUUGUGUGCCCUCUGGAGUAUGUCAACACUUUCAUCCCCAUCUGCAAGACCUUGACAUCUUUGUUCAUAAAGUCAGGGAAAGGAGGCCUAUCUCCUUACCUGGCGGAGUUACACAGAAGACCGACUGAACUCCCAACCCCUCAGGCACUCCUGCUACGCCUUUUGGUGAUUUCAUUGUAUCCCUACAAAGAUGGAGACUGUGGGGUUGUUGCUCUCCAACUGUUGCAUGCCCUCCACCCUCUCAACUCUCUCCAUCCUGUGAUGCAUUCAGAUUUGGGACAGUUGUGGAUGGAGAUGAUUCCUGAGCUUAUACAAUAUUUAGAAGCACAUAAUGAAGGAACUCUGGAAGAGGAGAAAUGGAAGGACAAGCUGCUUCAGCUUUUAGAAAGGUCAGUGGAAGCCAUUAUGGAUGAUGCAUGGUCCUGUGAGCUUGCAAAUGAGAUUCUUGUGAAAAGCAAAAGCUAUUCUCAGAGGCCCCAAGAUAAGAUUUUCCCGUAUAAAUUUUAUGGGGCAGUCCUACGGGCAUCAAGAAACAGAGAUCUGGUGAGGGAGUACCUCAGCAUUGUACUACGGACUUCUCAGCAGGAGGAAGCUGAGAGAGAGGGAAUUGCUUCUGCCGUCAGUCUCGUAGCCACCCGCCACCUCAAGGACACCUUGGUGGUGCUUCAGGAAUUCAUUAACGUUGUGAACCCAGAUGAAAGCUCACCCAGUGAGGAUGCACAGCAGAGUAAGUGGAGCAUGGCAUCCAGCACCCUUCACCUUUGCUAUGACCAGGUGGCCAAGGAAACAAAGGACAACAUCCUUCCCUGGGUGGACCACAUCCUGUCCCAAAUGUUAUACCAUUACUGCUGCCACACUGCCUCAGCCACGCACCUAGGUCUGAAGCUGAGCUUUCUGAGGUCAAUGGCUGCAUUCACCAGAACUGUUGGCAACAUCGCCCAGAAAGCAAAAGAAGCCCAUGAAUUCUCGCAGAAAGCUGUGAUCGUGGCAUUCAUGGUGAAGCUGAUUGAAGAAGAGUCAGUGAACUUGCUGUCUAACCCUGUGCGCCAGCAGGCCAUGAUUGUUGUCACUAACCUGAGAAAGCUGAAGCCACCACUAAAGGCUGAGAAGAAAGCUGUUCUACUCCGGGCAUGCUACAAAAGUGUCUUUUCUCUGCCUCCAAUAGAGAUCAUGUUAGCAGAGGCAUGUGAUAAUAUACAAUGCCAACACUCAGAGUCUCUGUACAAAGAAACUAUAGAUGCCUUGAGAGGAAUGCUUGAGGGUUUGGUAUUUGAAUGUCCUGUGGAGGUCCAGAAGAUUUUGGAGUACCUCGAGCCCUGGCUAAUCUCCAGAAAGGAUCAUGAGCGGGAACGAGCAAUGUGGUGCAGUGCCCGGAUCCUAAGAUGUGUGGCCAAGCUUCCCAAUUUUGACACAUCAAUUGAAUUCAGCAGACUGGGUCGCCUUGUUAGGCUGCUUGCCCUUCGAUGCCAUGACCAGGUGGACAACAUCUGCUUCUUGGCAGCCCGGGCAGUAUACAACUUGUAUUGUAUCCAGCUACUUAAAAAGCAGCUUGAGAAGGGACAUGGAGUGGAGAAGGUAGACACGCUAAAAAAUCUGGGAACGUACAGUCCCUCUGUGUUCUACAAUAACACCUCACAAAUCGCUAAGGCUUUUGCAGAAUAUUUUACCCCACUUCAGCUAACAAACCUGGUUCUGACAGCACUUGAUGGUUUGACAGAUCCCAGGGAGAAAAUAUCUCGGGCAGCUGGAGAACUGCUCAGUGCGAUUCUGGAAGAACGGGGAGCUGACCUGGAGAAGGUAGGCGAUGUAGAUGACACUCUGACUGGCAUUUACCAGCGCCUCAGCCUCAUCCAUGAACCCAUUACGAGGCAGGAAAUGUUGAGGGCAGUGUGCUUCUUGGCUGGAAACAACACCAAGAAAGUGGUGCCUAUCCUGUUGGACCACGCUCUCCCAUGGGACAGCAACACAACUGAGAUAUGGAGGUUCCUGGGCACCAGAAGAGAAACCACCCUCAAUGUUCUUCAGCUGCUGAUAACAAUCCUGGAGGAGAAACCAGUCCAAAAAGUCAAUAGCAGUAUCUCUGAUGAUGAGACCUCCCUCCAGCCUGUUGCUGUAACGUGUGCACUGUGUGAGAUGCUCUCGGUCCCUGGCUGCAGAGAUGCAGUGCAGGAACUUUACCCCCGCCUCUUAUUGGCAGUGCUUAGUCAUGUCCAGCGAGUCAUCGAGCAGAACCCAUUAGAGAACAUGGUGGUCUACAGGAAAGAGUGUGGCCAGGGGCACAGGCCCAAGGCAUUCGAUCCUUCCAGCUGUGCUCUGGAGGCUGUGAAGACCAUGCUCUCAGGCGCUGGUUACUUUGAGGUGUUAGACUAUGUGGAGGAACACAGAGGGUGGGACCUGCUGUCCAGCCCCAGUGACUACUAUUGUGGAAUAAUGGAGAUCACAAGUGCCAUGGUGAAGCAUUUCAAGCCUCUUCAUCUGCACAGGAUUUUUAACAAGCUGAUCCCGCUGCUCAACAGUGAGAAUGAGCAUGAUAAAAUUAUGUCCAGGGCCUUCUAUGCUCAGCUGCUCUGGCACCGUUCUGUGGCCCGAAGUCUGGAACUCGACGUCUUGGCCCCACUGAAAAAAUGGAUCCAAGAGCCAAAUCCCAUCAUGAGGCUGCUGGGACUCAGAGGAAUUAGUAAUUUAGCUCUCCAUACAGGGAAGGUGACACAUCUCAGAAAUCACCUUCCAGUCCUCCGGGAGUUCUUAAAAGAGAAAGAGGAGAGGAUUGCAGAGCAGGCCGUGAAAGCCCUACGAAAUAUCAUUUACUACAUGGAAGGGGAAGAGGUCAAGGUUGCAUUCUGCUAUAUCGUCCGGCCUCUUUGGCAGCUAAUUACUGAUGAGAGAGAAAAAGUGCGCAUUUCUGCCAUCAUUGCCUUUGGCAAAAUGCUGAAAUGUGUGAACAAAUAUAGACCUGGACCUGUCAUCCAUAAUGAAAUCUACUGUGCUCUGGUGCCUCUGAUGCUGGUCAUGCAGAGGAAUAAUCAUGAGAUACUCAAGGCAUGUGGAGACACCUUGGCAGAGUGUGCACAGGUAAUGGGAUGGAACCAGCCCAGGAACUUAUUCAGACAAAUGACACUGAGUGAUCAUCUUCAGGUCUUGCAAGAGAUGUGCAAAUUUCUGGUGAGGAAAUGCAGGAGAAUGGUGGGGGACUUCUUACUUGGGAGCAUAGCCUACCUAAAAAACCCACAGCCUCUUUUACGAGAGGCAGCAGCCAGGGUUAUAGAGUUCACAAUAAAGAAUUUGAACUUAAUUCAAGUCGACAGAGAUGAUGUGAUGCUACUGCUCAAUGCUCUUGAUGAUCUCAAAUAUGACCCUGUAGCCUCAGUUUGCAUUGCAGCUAUAGACACCAUAACAAAUAUUGAGACAGCUUGUUUGCCUGAAGCAGAGUCUCUCUCCAGAUUGAGGAGGUUUUUCUGUUCUCUGCCUGUUCAAAGAAAGAUGAAGAUUUUUAAAGACAGAGAAAUCCCAUUAAAGUUCAAGUCCAGCUCAAAGCAAUUGAGAGGCAAAACCGUCCCUGAAGAUACAUUAACAGCAAGCCAAGAAGAAGGGGGAAAGAGAAUGAAACAGAAGCUAUGGAAGCUCACAAGGAAUAUGAAAAGGGAAAGACUCUAAUGUUUUGGAAAUACCUUCCUCAAAGGUGCUGUAGCUGCACGUUAAAAUCAGAAAUUGACUGUGCUGAUGGGUCUGCAAACCUUCCAGUAGCUGCUAAGAGAGUGAAAAAGCAGAGUCACCCAGAGCAGCUGCUGAACCAAUUGAGGGAGGAAGAAAAAAGUCAGGGGAUAGUUUCCACCUCAUUUGGCAGUGGGACAUGAGGAAGUAUUCAGGUCUGAUGGACAUGAAGGAGAAGAAGACAGAAGACGCAGGAACAGACGCACGGGACAAGGAAAGUGACACCCUCAAGCCAUUUCUUCGGAGCACAAAGCUGCAGAUGGAGAGGGUCAGACCUGGAGGGGGGAGUGCACACAAUGCAAAAGGGACCUGCAAAAUCAGGCCGUGGUUAUUCUCUACAUGACAGAGGGUUUCCAUACUGUCCUGCCAUCUGCCUACCACAUAACCGAACAUUAUCUACCCUCAGCUUUACUCUAGCAGUGACCACUUCAGUUACCUUCUACAAGCUAUACCCUCCUCCUAGCACAAGUGCCAGCAUUGUAGUCUGGUUGCAGUGCUAUUUUUCUGGAGUGAUCACCACCCUGUGAGCAAAGGUUGAGUGCCCAAAAUGAUCAUUACAGUGCCUUUAUCUGUAAUCACCCCGAUCACCAGGCCCAUCACAGGACCUUGCCUUGGCACCAGUCUCACUUGUGUGUAAAUAAAAUCAAGUUGUGAAAUUACAGUAGCACUGGUGGAUGUCAUCCCUAACUAUGUUCCCAGUUGUUGACAGCAGUGGUGGGUUCCUGAAACUCCAUGGGCUUCUUACUAAUAAAAUGCUGCACCUUGCAUUGCUUCUCUUAUGAGCGGUAGCUGACUGCAUACAUCAAGACACAAUGGCUGUCAAUGAGAAUCCAACCCAAAACCUUCAGCACCAAAACUACAGGUUUCUCUUGAGCUAAAGGAACACUUUUAUAGCUGUAAAUUUGUAGCAGGCUGCUAUAAUCUCUGUCCCAGUCAGCCAUUAGAGGGGGAGACAAGCCUGUGUACUGAGGGCUUAAUCCUUUUCUCCUUGUAGUCCAUGGCAAAACUCCCAUGGACUUCAGUGGAAGCAGGAUGGUGCCUUAUGCUAGUGUAUUACAUUUCCCCCAUGCGCUCACAAAUGUCAAAGGAAUGUUACCUUUGCUAGACUGAAUCAAACCAGUGACUCAUCUAGUUCAGUAUCCAGUCACCAACAAUGGCAAGUAUCAUCCUUCAGAAGAAGGUGCAAGAAGCCUUUUCAGUAGGAAGUCAGGGAAUAACUUAAGAGCAGAGGAAGUUUCCUUCUAUACCCCAUCAGUUAAGGGCUGAAUUAUGCCCUUCCAAUGUUAUUUUUAUUGAUACUAAUUUAACUCUGGAUGUUGUUGUUAUCCAUAUAAAUAUCUAAUCCUUCUUUUAAUCCUGCCAAGCUUUUGGCCAAAAUGGUGUCUUGAGGUAGUGAGUCUCACAGGUAAUUGUGUGUUGUGUAGAAGAGAAGUAUUUUCUGCAAUAUUACAAAAAAUACAGUCUGCGGCAAUAAUGAGUAUAAUCAGUGGAUUUAUUUGCUCAGAGAGGCAACUCCAUCAAGUCUCGAGCUUGCCAAAGGCACAUUUAAUCAGCAUUCUGCACCACCUGAGUUGGUGGUGGGAGCAACUUUUGUCCCCGGUGGUGUAAACCAAAGGAGUAGCCGGUGAGAAGGGUGUCUCAGAAUCACAGUGUAGCCAGACACCACAUCUAUCGCUACUGUGGGGAAAGAACAAAGUGCCAUUCUGCCCUUUCUCAAACAGGCCAGUGUUCUAGAAAAGGUGCAUAUCUUCAGGUAUUUUGGUCAACUUGCCUACGUGAACAUCAGGCACCAGGCCUAGUACACACCAGGGGUUGCCUCAAUGGAGCAGUAACCCUUUUGAUUCCUGGUCUCCACUGCUUCCUUGUGUGAAUGCAGAAUGGGUAAACCUCUUCCACCUGAAGCAUUUCCACCAUUUGGGAAACUCCUUUGGUGCUCAAACCCUUCCAUUAUCUUAGGGAUAUAUAUUGUAUUUGGAUCACAUGCCUCUGCAGGACUUUGUUUAUUGACAGACACAUCUCUGUCACACAAGCACAUGCUGUUUCCAGAUCAAACGUAUGUGUCACUGAGUGGUAAUCAUCAUUGGUUGCCAGCUUCCACAGUACCAUAUCCACUGUCUUGUCUACGUUGAUUGGAUUUUGAUAAGGUUUUCACUCAAAAUUUUACUUAGUCUUUUGCAACACAUGUAUAGGAAUGAAAAAUGGGUCUGUUUUGAACACUGUGAAAAGGAAACAACUUUGAAAUUUUACAAAAAAUAAUUGUAUGUAUUUUUAAAUGGCGCUACUUGAGUGAAAAUGUCAAAACAGCAUAUUUUAAAGGUGUUACACACAGGAGUGCUGGUAAACUUGACUGAACUUUAUUUCCUGCUUCCAGAUGAAAAUAAUGCCUUAUGCACCCCAGCCCAGGAAAGCAAAAGGAUAGCAUCUGUAUACUUCAUUUGGGAGUCACUGGUAGGUAGGAGGCAACAGAGAAUUCAACAGAAGGCUUUUAUCAAAAAUGGGAAAUUCUCCACAGACUGCUAAUGUACCAGGGGUAUCGAGAGCAAAAAAACCUUGACUUGCUUGAAAGGACCACCCUGGCCUUGUUUAUGUGCCUUUGGACCCAGUUCUUGUCUCCAGAUUUGUCAUAUCUGUGUAGUCAGCGGGCUUGAAGGGACAAGGCUGAGGCCAAAACUAAUUAAUACUUCUUAACAGUUUUGAGGGAGGGAAAAAGCAUGGAUCCUCUAAACCUAUGAUAGAGCUAUUUUGCUAAUGCAAAAUUACACUGAUAAUGAUAUUUUUUCACUUUGUCUAAUCUGCCUUGUAAAUGAGCAUGACUCUCAUUUUUAAUUAAUAAAAAACUAUUGUACAAAGUUUCUUCUGUAAAA